AUGGAGGACUAUGCCAUCGAAGGCACGGGAGAUCCUAAUACCCGACUCGAUAUUGAUGACUUCAGCACAAACCCUGAAUAUACAAUCCAGUGGGGUCUUUUUUUACGUUCUCUCGCAAAGCUUCAGCUCGCGCCUCCGGAAGAAGCCAUCGGUUAUUACAGAAUCGCCGGUAUUCAUGGUUGGCCACUGGUCACAUGGCCGGAACUUGAAGCACAGCCUGGGAAGACAAUGUAUUGCUCGCAUGGAAAUACACGGUUUCUUACCUGGCACCGCGCCUACCUUCUUCUAAUUGAGCAACGCAUUGUUGAAAUAGCCCUCGAGUUGGCGGCGGGUGCACCCCCUGCCUUGCAGGACCAAUACACGGAGGAAGCAAAGAAAAUCAGAGUCCCAAUCUGGGAUUGGGCAUGUAAACCAGCUUUGCCUGCCUCCAUGGUUAAGCCAGACGCUCACGUCAUUAUUCCGGAGAAUGACCCCGUGAACCCAACCAGCAUACCCAACCCUCUGUACUCAUAUAAGUCUACGGGUGAUUCUAGGGAUCCUUUCAUAAAUGAGACCACGCGUUUCCCGGAUGACGAGGUAGAGAAGAAUAUGAUCAAUUCCAACCUUCGCUCCCUCGUCUACCACGCGAUCACUCAGAAUAAAGAAUAUAAUGACUUCAGCAACACAAUAUCUGGCGGGGCAAGCUCAAUAGAGCAACCACAUAACAACGUUCACAACGCAAUCAGUGCCAUAAUGCAGGACCCUAUGGUUACUGCAUUUGAUCCGGUAUUCUGGGUUGUUCAUGUUGCUAUAGACUACUACUAUGUAAUGUGGCAGACGAUCAACCCUGAUGUAUUGUACAGCGACAAUUGGGGUACCGACACUCUCAACUUGCACCUCCGCCCCUUCAACCGCGCACCGCCGACUGGUCCGUGGACAAGCCGUAUGGUCCAACGGUCUGAGGACUUUUUUCCAACUACAUGGCAAUUCGGAUUCCAAUACCCUGAAACAUUAGUCGAUUGGACGCCGGAUCAACGACUGAAAGCUGUGCAGGACGCCAUCAAGCGCUAUGCACCCCCGCCUAAAUCUACUGGCGAAUACCCCCCCGGGGCAACGAAAAGAGAGGAUCUGGUAGAUCUCCCCGGAUAUCGUUCAGGUUUCCCAGACGAGGCCACCUUUCGGCGCGAAUGGCGGGUGGUGAUCAAGGUUAAGAAGAACCUCCUCGAUAGCAACUUUACUAUUUUUUUCUUCCUCGGCCAAUCAAACGACAAUCCCGGGGAGUGGGGUACCCACCCGAACACUGUUGGGUCGUUCAAUAGUUUAAAGGCCCCUCUUGAGAGCUGCAAAAAUUGCCAAGAUCACGAGGCACACCUGAUGCAUGGCUCGAUAUAUUUGACGGAUAGGAUGCAUCAUUCGUUACCCGAUGGGACCCAGCUUCAUGAUAAAGAGCCGGUGUCGCGUUGGCUGACGGAAAGGUUAGACUGGAGGAUACGCAAAGCGGACGGAACGGAGUUUCACCUUCCAGAUGGCGAUACGACGAGCCUUUCUGUCGGAGUUGAGAGCUUCAUGGAGGCCUACGCCCCCAUCGAUCGGAAUCGUGUUCCUAUCGAGUCUGAUGAUAAGAAUAUUCUUGGCCACACAUUCGACCACGAGAAGCACCCGAUGAUAACUGCUCCAAGGUCUUCCAAAGGAGGCGAUACUAUUUCCUAG